AACAUCCAGUCGAUCAUUUCUCAUCAGCAUUCUUCCAUAUUCUCUGUAAAUGGCUGCUUCUUCGUCUCCCUCAUCUGGUGGUGGUUGGAACUAUGACGUGUUCCUCAAUUUUAGAGGCGAGGAUACUCGCAAGAUCUUUGUAGGCCAUCUCCACAAAGCUCUUGAUCUGGAAGCAAUCAACGCAUUCAUAGACUCUGAAGAUCUCCGCAAAGGCAACGACCUUUCAGAGUUGCUCACGGCUAUUGAAGACUCCAGGCUUUCGAUAGUAGUUUUCUCCCAAAACUAUGCUUCCUCAACGUGGUGCUUAAAAGAACUGGUCAAGAUACUGGAAUGCAUGUCUACAAAAAAGCAGCUGGUGGUGCCCAUUUUUUAUGAAGUAGAUCCCUCUGAUAUCCGCAAAGUAAACGGAAGGUUUGCCGAGGCUUUUGCAAAACAUGAACAUGAUUCUAAUGCCGACAUGGAAGAAGUUCAUAUGUGGAAGUCUGCUCUAACUGAAGCCACCAACUUAUCUGGGUGGGAUUCUCGUAAUUACAAGGAUGAUGCCAAGCUUAUUGAGAAAAUUGUUGAAGAUAUUUCUAAAAAAUUGGUCCACAUCCGAUCCAAUAAAGUAAGUAACUUGGUUGGAAUGGACUCCCACAUUGCGAAAAUGAGUUCACUAUUAGACCUUGGUGAGGACGAUGUUCGUGUUGUUGGAGUAUAUGGAAUGCCUGGUAUAGGGAAAACAACCAUUGCUAGAGCUAUUUAUGACGAACUUGUUUGUCAAUUUGAUCACUAUUGCUUUCUUGAAAAUGUCAAGGAAGGUUUCAAGCAUAAUGGUGCCAUACAUAUGCAGGAAGAACUUCUAUCUAGGAUUUUUGAGAAAAGCGUGCGCAGUCUAGGCACUUUGAGUAGAGGUUCCAAGAUGAUAAUGGAUAGGCUGAGUAAGAAAAAAGUUCUGCUUGUUCUUGAUGAUGUAGAGAACUUUAACCAAAUUGAAGAGUUACUUGGAAAGCAGCAUUCAUUUGGUAGCGGGAGUAGAAUCAUUGUAACCACUAGGGAUAUACAAUCACUCAGUGGAGUUAAUGAGAGAUAUAGUCCCAUGUUUCUAAGCGAUGGUGAAGCUCUUGAACUUUUUUUGCAGUAUGCCUUCAGAACAAACCAACCUACGAGAGAGUAUGAUCCUCUCUCAAGGCGUGCUGUAGAGUAUGCUCAAGGUCUACCUUUAGCACUCAAAGUUUUGGGAGCUAGUCUUGAUGGCAAAAGUAUACGUGAGUGGGAAGAUGAGCUAGAGAAAAUAAAGGAAAUCCCGCAUAAGGAAAUUCUGGGUGUGCUUAGAACAAGCUUUGACGGACUGGAUCCUUCACAGCAGGAAAUCUUUCUAGACAUUGCAUGUUUCUUUAGAGGAAUGGACGAAGGCUAUGUAAUCAAAAUUCUGGAAAAUUGUGGCUUCUAUCCCCACAGUGGAUUACAAGUACUACGUGAUAGAGCUCUCUUAACUAUCUCAUAUGGCAAUAGGCUUGAAAUGCAUGAUUUAAUACAGGAUAUGGGUUGGCAAAUCGUCCGCCAACAAUCUAUUAAAGAGCCUGGGAAGCGCAGUCGUUUGUGGACUUAUGAAGACGUGGAUCGUGUAUUAGCUCAAAAUACGGCUACAGAAGCAGUUGAAGGCAUAAUGCUGGACUUGUCGAAGUCAAAAGACGUUGACAUAGAUGCUGAAGCUUUUGUUAGAAUGACGAAUCUAAGACUGCUCUUAAUCGGUUAUAACCACUACAUAGACUUCAAUGCGAAAGAUUUUCCGUUGGAGCUGUUACACCAGCCAAGAGAUGAGUGUAAACAACACGUGAGUGGGGUUGUAAAGUUUCUUUCUCGUGACUUGAGGUAUCUCAUGUGGCAUGGAUGCCCCCUAAAGUCCUUGCCAUCCAAUUUUGGCCCGAAGAAUCUUGUGGAUCUUGACAUGCGUUUUAGCCACAUUGAACAACUUUGGGAAGGAAUCAAGCCUUUCAAAAAGUUAAAAUUCAUCAAUUUGAGUCAUUCUCAUUACCUUACCACAACCCCCGACUUCACUGAAGCAACAAAUGUGGAAACACUAGUUCUUGACGGUUGUUCAAGUCUACUUGAUGUUAACUCAUCCAUUUCAGCGCUUAAAAACCUUGUAUUCUUGUGCCUAAGAGGAUGCAAAGAACUUGAGAAUCUUCCAAGCAGCAUUUUUUUGAAGUCUCUUAAAAUCCUUGAUCUUUCUGGCUGCUCAAGUCUCGUAAAGUUUCCAGAGAUUUCAGGGAUUAUGGAGGACCUAUCUGAAAUUUUUCUAAAUGAGACUGCAAUAGAAGAGUUGCCCUCAUCAAUUGAACGGCUUCAGGGGCUUGUGUUAUUACAUUUGAGAAACUGUAGAAGCCUUGUCCGUCUUCCGGACAAUAUAUGUAAUUUGGUACGUCUUAAAGAUCUCACUCUCUCUGGGUGCUCAAAGCUGUAUCAUUUGCCUGAGAACUUGGGGAAUUUAGAAUCCUUGAUGUACCUUGAAGUAGAAGGAAGUGGUAUAAGAGAACUCCCAUUCUCUAUCUUGUGCUUGAAAAGGCUGAAAGCAUUAUCAUGUGAUGGAUGUAAAGAAAUGACUAUGCCCUUUUCAUCAUGGUCCUCAUCAAUUGAAGAAUAUAAUUGUAGAUACUCUGGCCUGCUACAUCUUGAUUUAAGUGACAGCAAUCUGUGGGAAUUAUCGGAUGGUAUUGCUCACUUGUCCUCAUUGAAAACCUUAGAGCUGCGCAGAACCAACUUGGAGAGCUUACCUGCAACGAUGAAUCAACUUCGCCGUUUGACACGUCUUGAAUUGGAAGCUUGCAAGAGACUGAAAUCAAUACCAGAGCUUCCAUCAAGUAUAAAUUACAUAGAUGCUCAUGAUUGCAGGGCUUUGGAAACCGUUGCAAAACCAAAUACUCGGUGCUCUAUGAAUCUUUGCUUCAUAUUUUCUAAUUGCCUCCAACUGGUACAAACGAAUCUAUUUAGAGAAAUUGUGGAAACUCAUUCUCAUCACCAGGGUGAUUAUCGACUUCUGCUUUCCUUUAAUAUGUCUCUUCCUGGAAGUGAGAUUCCUGAUUGGUUCAAUUUUCAAUGUAGGGGAUCCUCAUUUACUGUACAGCUACCCCCAAAUUGGUUUGAUAAUAAGUUUUUGGGGUUCGCUAUAUGUGCUGUUGGCGACAUCAAGGGUUCUCAGAAUGAAGCAUCUGAUCUAUCAGCUCUAUGUCAUUGUAGCUUAAAAGGAAAUCAUGGUCAGUACAGUUUCAGUUCUACUUUGCUUGAUUGGGGUUUCACUACUGAUAGAAUCCUCAAGUCGGAUCAUAUGUUCAUGGCAUAUGUGCCAUGGUCUUAGUAUCGCUUCAUUGAAGAGGGAAAGCUGGUCAAUGAACGGUAUUUCACUGAGGCCACAUUUGAGAUUGUAGUAGAAAAUAGAGUUGAUAGACAUGGUUUCGGGACAGUAAUAAACCGGCAUUGCAUCACAAGUUGCGGAGUUCGUUUCUUUCAUGGUGAUUACAUGGAGGAGCAAAUUCUAACCAUCAGCGAAACCAAAUCUCAUAAUGACAGCUGUGACAUCCUUUCGGUUAGUAGGAAAGGAAAAGAGGGGGUUGGGGUGCGGUUGGAGGAGUCUCCAGCGGAAGGCAGCUCUGCCGGUGAGAGCAAGAAGAGGCCGGGUUCAGAGGAUCAGAAGGGUUCCAACAAGCGAAGAAAGAGUCCAGAGUCGUGGACAGUGGUUUCAAACACACUUGAUGAUGGUCAGGUUUGGAGGAAGUAUGGGCAGAAGGAAAUCCUGGGUUCUCCAUAUCCAAGGGCUUACUUCAGAUGUACCCGCAAGUAUGAUCAAGGUUGCCAAGCAACCAAACGAGUCCAACAAGUCCAAGACACCCCAAAGGAGUACGAAAUUACCUACAAAGGAAACCACACGUGCGUAAACAUGAUGAUGAUCAUGGGAGCCUCCGAUCCUGCUACUUGGCCGACCCCAGUUUGCAGUAAGAAAGAACAUGGCGAUCUCUCUAGCUCACUGUCCCUGAUUCCUUUCGUUCCGGAGAAGAAAGAAGAGUGCAAGGAGGGGACGACGGCGAGUGGUCUGGUGGACAACGUUAACGAUACUAGUGAUAUGUGGACGGAUUUUGAGUCGCCGGAGUUUGUGUUCCCGGAUUUAGGGACUGAACAGUCACCAUAAAGUCGCCGACCGAUUUGCCGAUGGGUUUGACAUUGAUUGAUAAUUUCAAUUUAACAUUUGGAGUUGAUCUGUUUUUGUUUUAUCUUUUGGGGUUCAAUCAAUCCAUUGUUCCGAGUUUCAUGGAAUAUGGGAAGAGAUGAUGUGGGAAGGCGUGAAAUGUGGUUAACAGUGGAAUGCUUAGGUUUUGCAUUUAAUAUAGAUUUUAAUGACGUGGAGUUUUAUUAGGCCUUAGAUAUAUCUAAUUUACGGCUAAAAGUGAAACUCAAGGAUAACUAUGAUCCAGCAACAGCAAAGGAGAGGAUCUGGAUCUUUUUUUUAUUUUGAUGAAGCUGCAUUUCCUUUAGGCCCCUAGCUAGUAAUGAAUAGCUAAGCUAGCUAGGUUGGGUUGUUAAUCAUUUUGCUUUUGAUUUUGUAGCUUAAAUGUAUCAUUAUGUUUGAAAAGAAGAA